CCAAGUCUCAUAUCCUCUAUAAACUUGAUUGAUAGUACAAUCUCGAUCUCAUCACGAAUAACAACAAUAAUUUCCUUCCUUUUCUUUUUAGCUAAUUUUGCCAUACAAAAUCUGGAUCAUUACUACUACUACUAGUAUAGUACAUGGCUUCCUCAAUAUCAUCCUCCAUUGACUUCUCCAAACCUAAGUCAACUCUCUUGAUCAUCAUUCUGCUUCUCAUUUUCCUUCUCCAAUGCUCAAACAUCUAUUGCCAUGGAGGAAGUCACGAUGGCGGCGACGAACAAAACAGUGAUCCUACCACUACUUCUAGUGAUCAAUCCAACGGUAGUAGUAAUGGUAGUACUGAUUUGCGUCGAAAAGGGCUCAUUUUGGUCAAAAUAUGGUGUUUGAUCAUCAUGUUCUUCAGCACAUUCGCCGGUGGAGUUUCGCCUUAUUUUUAUCGAUGGAAUGAAACUUUUUUGUUACUAGGAACUCAAUUUGCUGGAGGGGUAUUUCUUGGAACUUCAUUGAUGCAUUUCUUGAGCGAUUCCGACGCGACUUUUCACGAUCUGACCCCGAAAAGUUACCCUUUCGCCUUCAUGUUAGCCUCCUCCGGGUAUCUUCUUACCAUGCUUGGAGAUUGCAUCAUUAUGUAUGUCACGGUUCGGGCAACUGAUGAUCAUCAUCAGAAAGAUGCUGCAAGAAUCGAAGUUGAUAAAUCCGAUGAUCACCAUCAACCGGUGGUCGGAAAUAAAGAGGGAAUGAUGAUUCAUCAUGAUCAUCAAAACCCGGUUUUCACAAAGACAAGUUCGGUUGGGGACACAAUAUUACUGAUCUUGGCCCUUUGUUUUCAUUCGGUUUUUGAGGGUAUUGCUGUUGGAGUUUCAGAGACCAAGUCAGAGGCAUGGAGAAACCUGUGGACAAUUUCACUACACAAGAUAUUUGCAGCAAUUGCAAUGGGAAUAGCGCUUCUGAGAAUGAUACCAAAGAGGCCAUUCAUUACAACAGUGGCUUAUUCAUUUGCUUUUGCCAUUUCAAGCCCAAUUGGAGUUGGAAUUGGAAUAGCCAUUGAUGCCACAACUGAAGGAGCCACAGCUGAUUGGAUAUAUGCAAUCUCAAUGGGAUUGGCCUGUGGGGUUUUCAUCUAUGUGGCCAUCAAUCAUCUCAUUUCUAAGGGUUUCAAACCACAGUCUAAGCUUUACUUUGAUUCCCCAUUUUUCAAGCUUCUUGCUGUUCUUUUAGGCGUGGGAGUCAUUGCUGUCGUUAUGAUCUGGGAUUGAGUUGUUAAUUUUGUAUUCAUUUUCUGUAAUUCGGUUCGUCCAGUUUGUUGAUUUCUUUACUAUCCAUCCAUAUACUGUAGUGUUGCAUUUCAUAACUUCUCAUUUUCUCGAAUAUACAUACAAAUCGAGGUUUGUUGAUUUGAACCCUACUUAAAACAUCGUCUGAAUUUUCGUUAGUUUAAGGAAACUAUUUGCCAUUUUCUCAUGAUAUUGGAGAACAGUUUAUU